UGGGUCUCGCAAAGUCAGGUCAGUUGGAUUAAUACACAACAAUGCCUGAACCAGCGAAAUCCGCGCCCAAGAAGGGCUCAAAGAAAGCUGUCACCAAGGCUCCCGGUAAGGGCGGAAAGAAGAGAAGAAGUCGCAGAAAGGAGAGCUAUGCCAUCUACGUGUACAAGGUUCUCAAACAGGUUCACCCCGACACCGGAAUCUCUUCCAAGGCCAUGAGCAUUAUGAACUCCUUCGUGAACGACAUUUUUGAGCGCAUUGCUUCUGAGGCGUCUCGUUUGGCUCAUUAUAACAAACGCUCGACUAUCACUUCCAGGGAGAUUCAGACCGCCGUUCGUCUCCUACUACCCGGUGAGCUGGCUAAGCACGCCGUGUCUGAAGGCACCAAGGCUGUCACCAAGUACACCAGCUCCAAGUAAAUUGCGGCUUUGUUUGUCCCCAACGGCUCUUUUAAGAGCCACACACGUUCUCUUAAGAGCAUUC